UCGACUAGGUCUUCUGUUCGUGUGUUGCAACUGCAGAAAACCAGCAGGAUGGCUGCAAACAAGAGUAAGAGCCAGAGCUCCUUGGCCCUUCACAAGGUGAUCAUGGUUGGCAGUGGAGGGGUUGGCAAGUCGGCCCUGACGCUUCAGUUCAUGUAUGAUGAGUUUGUAGAAGACUAUGAACCUACCAAAGCUGACAGUUACAGAAAGAAAGUGGUUCUUGAUGGAGAAGAAGUCCAGAUCGAUAUUCUGGACACGGCUGGACAAGAAGAUUAUGCAGCCAUUCGAGACAACUACUUCCGCAGUGGGGAAGGUUUCCUCCUCGUGUUCUCAAUCACAGAACACGAAUCAUUUACAGCAACUGCCGAAUUCAGGGAACAGAUCCUCCGUGUUAAGGCUGAAGAAGAUAAAAUUCCAUUGCUUGUCGUGGGAAACAAGUCCGACCUAGAGGAGCGGAGGCAGGUACCCAUUGAAGAGGCUAGGAGUAAAGCAGAGGAGUGGGGUGUGCAGUACGUGGAGACAUCGGCUAAAACUCGGGCCAACGUGGACAAGGUAUUCUUUGACCUAAUGAGAGAAAUCAGAGCCAAAAAGAUGUCUGAGAACAAAGACAAGAACGGCAAGAAAAGCAGCAAGAACAAGAAAAGUUUUAAAGAAAGAUGUUGCUUACUGUGAAAACCAAGAUAGCGGAUGAAGUUAAUCGCCACUAAGGACAUAGGGCGGGCUCAUUAAGAGAAGAGUAUAGUCGACUCCUUGGUGUGUUCCCUGCUCUCCCCAACCUCGUUCACGCAUACUUCUUUAAAUGGGGAAAAUGUUUGUGAAUCAGUGGCUGGCAGAAGAAAUAAGCCCUUGUCCAUGCAUUGGAACAGCUACUUUGUCAGGAAGUUUUGGAGUUUCCUUCCUCCCCUUCUCCCUCCCGAAAGUUUAAUCACAUAAGUAGUGUAUAGGUGAGAAAUAAGUGUUAAUUAAAAAGAAAUGUACUGUCAUAGCAUCUUAUUUCCCUCCCUAGUUUUAUAACAUCACUAUCUUCCGUUUUGAAAUAAAAAUGUCUUAUUUUAUCAGGUUUUGGGGAGGGGGUAGGAUAAGACUCUCCCUCUUAUCAGCUUAACAGAAGUACUCAAAAAAAUCCGUUAAGCCCUAAUAAAAAUUCAGUUUCUUGGCAAUACCCUGUGGAUCUGAAGCACAGCAAAAAAAUAAAAAUAAAUAUGAAUUGGGCCGAAUAGGUCCGUAACAAGCUCGUAAACCCUUCACAAAUAUGAAAAAUGAAGGUUGAAUUCUUCAUAUUUAAAUAUUAGCCAAUUAUAGCCUGUGUUGGCUAUUUCUUUCCUGUAGCAUCCUGAUUUUUGUGUAGAAGCUUCUUUUAGCAGAUUAAGUGAAGACUCAAGAGUAGUAUACUUUAUAAAUGACACACUUUUCUAAUCAGAUUAAGAAUAUAACUUUGGAUAUAUCCUCUCCUAAUUGCCAGACAUGGUUA